AUGCUAUCAAAUUUUGUCCCUAGUGAGGUGGUCGAGAGUCUAGAAGUCGGACGCGAGGCACUUAGUGCGCGUGAGACGGUCGAGCCCGGCGAGUGCACCGGUACGCACCGGACGCGGCUAGAAGUCGGACGCGAGGCGCUUAGUGCGCGUGAGACGGUCGAGCUCGGCGAGUGCGCCGGUACGCACCGGACGCGGCUAGAAGUCGGACGCGAGGCGCUUGGCGCACGUGAGGCGGUCGAGCUCGGCGAGUGCAGUGCGAGUGCGGCGGUACGCAUUGGAGCGCCGCCAGAAGUCGGACGCGAGGCGCUUGGCGCGCGUGAGGCGGUCGAGCUCGGCGAGUGCGCCGGUACGCACCGGACGCGGCUAGAAGGCGGACGCGAGGCGCUUAGUGCGCGUGAGACGGUCGAGCUCGGCGAGUGCGCCGGUACGCACCGGGCGCGGCUAGAAGUCGGACGCGAGGCGCUUGGCGCGCGUGAGGCGGUCGAGCUCGGCGAGUGCGGCGGUACGCACCGGGCGCGGCUAGCAGUCGGACGCGAGGCGCUUGGCGCGCGUGAGGCGGUCGAGCUCGGCGAGUGCGGCGGUACGCACCGGGCACGGCUAGAAGUCGGACGCGAGGCGCUUGGCGCGCGUGAGGCGGUCGAGCUCGGCGAGUGCAGCGGUACGCACCGGAAGCGGCUAGCAGUCGGACGCGAGGCGCUUGGCGCGCGUGAGGUGGUCGAGCUCGGCGAGUGCAGCGGUACGCACCGGGCGCGGCUAGCAGUCGGACGCGAGGCGCUUGGCGCGCGUGAGGCGGUCGAGCUCGGCGAGUGCGGCGGUACGCAUCGGGCGCGGCUAGAAGUCGGACGCGAGGCGCUUGGCGCGCGUGAGGCGGUCGAGCUCGGCGAGUGCGGCGGUACGCAACGGGCGCGGCUAGAAGUCGGACGCGAGGCGCUUGGCGCAAGUGAGGCGGUCGAGCUCGGCGAGUGCAGUGCGAGUGCGGCGUGCGAGUGCGGCGGUACGCACUGGGCGCGGCUAGAAGUCGGACGCGAGGCGCUUGGCGCGCGUGAGGCGGUCGAGCUCGGCGAGUGCAGCGGUACGCACCGGAAGCGGCUAGCAGUCGGACGCGAGGCGCUUGGCGCGCGUGAGGCGGUCGAGUUCGGCGAGUUCAGCGGCACGCACCGGGCGCGGCUAGCAGUCGGACGCGAGGCGCUUGGCGCGCGUGAGGCGGUCGAGCUCGGCGAGUUCAGCGGCACGCACCGGGCGCGGCUAGCAGUCGGACGCGAGGCGCUUGGCGCGCGUGAGGCGGUCGAGCUCGGCGAGUGCGACGGUACGCAUCGGGCGCGGCUAGAAGUCGGACGCGAGGCGCUUGGCGCGCGUGAGGCGGUCGAGCUCGGCGAGUGCGGCGGUACGCAACGGGCGCGGCUAGAAGUCGGACGCGAGGCGCUUGGCGCACGUGAGGCGGUCGAGCUCGGCGAGUGCAGUGCGAGUGCGGCGGUACGCACCGGAAGCGGCUAG